UUUUGUGCUGAUUCUUGUCUCAGCCAUUUGCUGGAGAGCAGAAGCCUUACUUUCCCAGCAACAGCUAUGAAGCAUCACCAUCUCAUAACUCCUUCUGCAAAGCCCCAGGCAGCAUCACCACUGCAAAGGUCUGAGGUCCCUUAUAACAGCUCAACACUCUGCAAAACUCCAGGCCUGGAGGCAGAGACAGCAGAGCUCGCCUGCGUCACACUAAUAUCAGCUGUAACACCCCAUGUGCUCCCGUGCAGUGGCCUGAGCUGUCAUCCUACAUGGUCUUCCUGGAGUGCCUGUUCUUCACACCCGGAAUUUGUGGUUCUCCUACAGUGCACACCCCAUAGAUACAAACACACAAGGGUCUUUGAAGAGCAGCAGUUGCUGCUCAUAAGGAGAGAAAGAGAAGCCUUUGCAGAAUCUGAAGAUGUCGGACUACAUCCUGCAACUUCCUGGACUUCAUGCUACUUCUUCCCCCGUGCCCCUGAGGCAGCCAGCAGCAAACUCCAGGAACAGGACUGGGACAGAACAUGCUGUCUCGGUACAACCCUUCCAUGUACUUUUCAUCAAAUCUCUCGGGUCCUGCUUCACAGAAAUGCUUAUAUACCUCAUCUCAAUCGAUCCCAUAAGCCUUGGCAUGCAAGUAACCUGCCCAUGAAGCUGGGUGUCAUGUUGUUUUGCCUCUUCAAGAUACUGCGAGGAUGAAGGACAGAUGCCAAGGAAAGGGCUUGGCAAAUCAGGCCCAGCAGCACACACCUGUGGGCAUUCUGUUUCCAGGGGACCCAAGCUAGCAUCUCCACAGACGUCUGCUCCACACAGAUGCACCCGCACUCUGCUCUGCUCCAGAGACAUACUGAAAUUCAUCCACCCUGAGAGGUGCAAUGCCACUUUUAUCCCAAAUCUAGAGCAGGCAACAAAUUUUCUGGUCAAGAACUUGUCUGUGGUGAUUCACACCUCUGGGACUGUAGGGAAUUUGGAAAUGUCAGAGCAAUCAUUAGAACAAAACCAGAAGGGGCACGGGGAGGAGCAAAGGGGCUUGAAGCCGCCUUGAUGCCUCACCUAUCUGCAUCAAGCACAGAUGCAGAUCCCCCACCACCAGUGGGGAUUCGCUCCUGUUGCAUAUUGCAGAGGAAAGAGGAGGUGUGCGUAACAGUAACCUGGGCAUUGAUUGCUUUCUCUGAGAAGUAUGCUAUUCACCUAGGUAUACGUCACACAUUUUAAAACGUUAUCAAAGUUUGAAAAGACAAUAGUUUAGAUGUGCUUGUAGAACCAUAAAUGCAUCUCAGUGGAAAGGAGGCCUAAAAAGUAAUGGAGCACACAAUAGUAACUUCGUAUUUCAAGGCUGGAGGCCAAAUUUAAGUAUUUGGUCUUGUUUUUUUGUAUUCCCUAUGAUCACAAAGUGAGGCAGAGAAUAUGAGAGGCUUGAUGGGCUUGAUGAAGAAAUCUCUGACUAUUUUAAGAAACUUCAAGUAUUUGGUCUUGGUUUUUUGUAUUCCCUAUGAUCACGAAGUGAGGUAGAGAGAGGAUGAGAGGCACUGGGCUUGAUGAAGAAAUCUCAUGACUAUUUUAAGAAACCAGGCCAGGAUUUUCCCCCAUUGUUCCUGAAUUCGAGGGACAGACAAUAACCUCUGGAGAGAGCCAGCCUGAGAAUUUAAGUUAAUAUUCUGAAGGAAAAAACUCACAGUGUUUAUGUUAAAGAGUUUGUUCAUGCCAGUCCCUUCCCAAGCACAUCCUAUUUAUAUGGCCUAUAAAACAAAAUGACUGUGAAGAGCAGAGAUGAGCGAAAUCUCUUCAGCGUGCAAAGUUACAGCCAUUGCUCUGGAUUGUGUAAUAACAGUAAUGAGGAGAGAGUUGUAAAAUAUAAUUCAUUUCUAAGUACUGUAUAAAUAUCAAGUAAAUAAUUCUAGCUGUAUGGAAGUAGGUAAUUUUUUGGGAACGUGACUGGCAGUUGGUUUUCAAACUUAGGUCAACAAAGUCAGACUUGGGCCGCCAAAGUUUAAUAACGUAUUUAUGAUCCCAAAAUAAGCGUUCUGGUUUCCAGAGAUGACAGGAAGGCCUUUUACUGAACUCAGCCAACAUCACAGCAAUUUGUUUAAUUAUCUGUUGAUUUUAAGUACAUUGUCAAGUACAUUUAAGUAUAUAAAUGCCUUUGGAAACACAUUUGCAAGACUGGAAAUUUUGCCUGAAGUAAUUUGCUCACACGAGUAUUGGAGAGGACCCUGCUAAGGCUCCCGAUUCCAGCUCAG